UCCCAUGGGUAUAACAGCGAAGCCUAAUCAGCGCUCCUUCUCACUCAGAAAUGAGCCUCAAAGUCGUGAUCCACCUCCCCCCGAGAACGAGUCUCCUAAAAUAACAACAAACCCUGCUAAGACGUUCAAGUCUUCACGAACUGUUCGUUUGCCAGUUCAAUUUCCCAACCGCUGCGCGUCACCGAGAGUCUCUCCGCCGUGCGCAAAGCGGCUGGGGAGAAGUGUAGGCGGCGGCGGUGUGGGAGGCAGCGUGGCGCCCGCGGGAGGGGUCUGGGGCGAGUCUAGUCUUUGCCUUUCUACCCUGGACACCUCCGGCGACUGGGCACCGGGCGGGCAGGAUCCGCGGCCAGGCCGCGAGUCCCUCACCCUUUCCUGGGUCCACCCGGAGUCCUCAGCUGACAACCCUGCUUCCCCGGGCCGAGAGCCAAAGGCCGUCGACGAGCGGGACGCGGCGCCAUGUCUGGGUCGUUCCCAGGCACAUCGCAACGCUCACCCUGAGGGAUCCGCGAGGGCGCCUCGGUUUCCGGGCGAGCAGAGGAAAUCACUCCGGGAACCCCAAACCCCUCCUUCGGAGCCAAAGCAGAAAUAGCGUCUCCGUUUCUACGGAGACAGGGCCACAUGUGACGUCACUUCCGCCGAGCUGUCGGCACUCCAGACUGUUGGGAGGAAAAGAGGAAAACUGAGCAACAGCCACGACUGUGGACGCGAGCGUCUCCGGUGUGCGCAUGCGCCCGCUCAGCGGCCUGCUUCUAUUUAUGUGGGGGACCCAACAUGGCGGCUGCGGCGACCCUGGCGAUGGCGGUGGAGCUCAUCAGAACGUAGUAGCGGGGACAGGGACCCUGUUCGCACUCACGGUGGCGUCCGCGGAGGCGGCUGAGGGUGCUGGAGGGAAGAAAAGCGACGGAGAGCGGAAGGAAAGGCGGGCAGGCACGCCGUGCGGGGUCGAGGCGAGAGCCGGCUCGAGCGAGCGCCGAGGGCCAGAACAGUGGGGAUGGCGGAGCCGCGCAGAGUCGCGUUCAUUAGCCUGUCACCGGUGAGGCGGCGCGAGGCCGACUUCGCGGGCGCCGAGCGCGAGCCCCCCACCGCCCCGCCGCGGGACUCGGCUGCCCGGGCGGAGCCGCCGCCGCGACCGCCGAAGGAGACGGUUCGCCUGGAGCUGGUGCUCAAGGACCCCACGGACGAAAGCUGCGUGGAGUUCAGCUACCCGGAGCUGCUGCUGUGCGGAGAACAACGGAAGAAGCUUGUUCAUGCAGAAGACCCAUUUGAUGAUGAGCAUAAGGAGAGGCAAGAAGUGGAAAUGUUGGCUAAGAAGUUUGAAAUGAAAUAUGGUGGGAAAGCCCGUAAACACCGGAAGGAUCGGCUACAAGAUUUAAUUGAUAUAGGCUUUGGCUAUGAUGAAACAGAUCCAUUUAUUGAUAACUCAGAGGCUUAUGACGAAUUAGUCCCUGCUUCUCUAACAACAAAAUAUGGAGGCUUCUAUAUCAACACUGGCACUCUUCAGUUUCGCCAAACGUCAGAUACUGAAGAAGAUGAUAUUACAGAUAACCAAAAGCACAAGCCACCCAAGGUUCCCAAAAUAAAAGAAGAUGAUAUUGAGGUAAAGAAGCGGAAGCGGAAAGAGGAAGGGGAAAAAGAGAAGAAGCCAAGGAAAAAAGUGCCCAAACAAAUGGGAGUUGUGGCUCUCAAUUCACACAAGUCUGAAAAAAAGAAGAAGCGAUAUAAAGAUUCCCUUUCUUUGGCUGCCAUGAUACGAAAAUUUCAAAAAGAGAAGGAUGCAUUAAAGAAGGAAUCUAACCCUAAAGUCCCUGUGACCCUAACCACUUCCUCUCUGACCAAGCCCUCUUGUGCUGCUGCUACAGCCCUGGGGGAUGACAUCUCGGACUUAGGUCUGAACAGUGCUGAUCCAGACCUCCCUAUUUUUGUUAGCACAAAUGAACAUGAAUUGUUUCAGGAAGCUGAGAAUGCCCUCGAGAUGCUAGACGACUUUGACUUUGACAGAUUACUGGAUGCUGCUUCUGAUGGUAGCCCGCUCUCUGAGUCAGGGGGAGAAAAUGGAAACACCACUCAACCCACCUUAACCUCUCAGGUUCUGCCCAAGGUGGUACCUACACUUCCAGAUGGCCUACCUGUGCUCCUUGAAAAACGCAUUGAGGACCUUCGUGUAGCUGCCAAACUUUUUGAUGAAGAAGGAAGAAAAAAAUUCUUCACACAAGAUAUGAAUAAUAUUCUUCUGGACAUCGAGUUACAGCUACAAGAACUAGGCCCUGUCAUUCGUAGUGGUGUCUACUCCCAUCUUGAAGCAUUUGUGCCAUGUAAUAAGGAAACACUGGUAAAACGUCUAAAGAAGCUACAUCUUAAUGUCCAGGAUGAUCGUUUAAGGGAACCUCUGCAAAAAUUGAAGUUGGCUGUUAGCAACGUCAUGCCCGAACAGCUAUUUAAAUACCAGGAAGACUGCCAGGCUCGCAGUCAAGCCAAGUGUGCCAAGGUGCAAGCAGAUGAAGAACGGGAAAAAAAUGGAUCUGAAGAUGAUGAUGAGGAGAAACCAGGGAAACGAGUCAUAGGCCCACGAAAGAAAUUCCACUGGGAUGACACCAUUAGAACUUUGUUAUGUAACCUUGUUGAGAUCAAAUUGGGAUGCUAUGAAUUAGAGCCAAAUAAAAGCCAAUCUGCUGAGGAUUAUCUUAAAUCCUUCAUGGAGACAGAGGUGAAGCCACUUUGGCCUAAGGGCUGGAUGCAGGCAAGAAUGCUUUUUAAGGAAAGCCGGAGUGUACAUAAUCAUCUCACCUCUGCUCCAGCAAAGAAAAAGGUGAUUCCUGCGUCAAAACCCAAAGUCAAGGAGGUGAUGGUAAAGACCCUUCCUGUUCGUUCUUUCCCCACUAUGCUGAAGGAAUGUAGCCUGAAAAAAGACCCAAAGGCUCCUGCAUCUUUGGUGGCUUCAGUUGGUGGUCCUUCCACGAGCUCCAGCACAUCCAUCAUUGCCUCAGCCAGCUCUAGCUCAGCACCAGCCCAAGAAACCAUCUGCCUCGAUGACUCCCUGGAUGAAGACCUUCCCUUCCACUCAUCUUCACUGGAUCUUGUAUCAGAAGCUUUAGCUGCCAUCAACAAUGGGAACAAGGGCCCCUCAGUUGGCUCAAGGCUAAAUGUGCCAACUACAAAGCCUCGUCCAGGACUGAGAGAAGAAAAACUAGCAAGUAUCAUGAGUAAGUUACCACUGGCUACUCCCAAAAAAUUAGAUUCUACUCAGACUGCACACUCAUCAAGUCUUAUUGCUGGUCACACGGGGCCAGUACCAAAGAAACCCCAGGAUUUAGCUCAUACGGGCAUUUCUUCAGGCCUUAUUGCUGGUUCUUCAAUUCAGAACCCUAAAGUUUCCUUAGAACCUUUGCCAGCCAGGUUACUCCAGCAAGGACUGCAAAGGUCAAGCCAGAUACAUGCUUCUUCCUCUUCUCAGACUCAUGUCUCCUCCUCCCAAGCCCAAGUUGCUGCCUCCUCUCAUGCUCUGGGAACAUCAGAGGCCCAAGAUGCUUCUCCGUUAACACAAGCAACAAAGGUGCACCAGCACUCAGCUGUCCAGCAGAACUAUGUGUCUCCAUUACAGGCCACCAUUAGUAAAUCACAGACCAACCCAGUGGUGAAAUUAAGUAAUAACCCCCAGCUUUCCUGUUCGUCCCAACUACUCAAGACUUCAGAUAAGCCACUGAUGUAUCAUCGCCUCCCUUUGUCUACGCCAUCACCUGGAAAUGGGUCUCAGGGGCCCCACCCCCUGGUUUCUAGGACAGCACCCAGCACCACUACCUCCAGUAAUUAUUUAGCCAAGGCUAUGGUGUCACAAAUCUCCACCCAGGGUUUCAAAUCUCCCUUCUCAAUGGCUGCAUCUCCCAAACUUGCUGCAUCUCCCAAACCUGCCACAUCCCCCAAACCUUUGUCCUCACCUAAGCCUUCUGCCUCACCCAAGCCCUCUCUGUCAGCUAAGCCUUCAGUAUCAACUAAACUUAUUUCUAAAUCCAACCCAGCUCCCAAGCCUGCUGUAUGCCCGACUUCUUCCAGUCCAAACACAUUAGUAGCCCAGAGUAACCAUCCCUCAAGUAACAACCCCGUCCAUAAACAGCCCAGUGGAAUGAACAUCAGCAGACAGUCUCCCACUCUGAAUUUGUUGCCCUCAAAUCGCACUUCUGGCCUUCCAUCUACAAAAACUCUUCAGACCCCUUCUAAAUUAACAAACUCAUCAUCCACUGGAACUGUUGGGAAGAACAGCUUGAGCGGAAUUCCAAUGAAUGUACCUGCCAGCAGAGGUAGCAACCUUAACUCAAGUGGAGCUAAUAGGACUAGUCUAUCUGGGGGAACAGGAAGUGGAACACAGGGUGCUACUAAACCGUUGUCUACUCCACAUAGACCAACCUCUGCCUCAGGGUCUUCAGUGGUAACAGCCAGUGUGCAGUCCACAACAGGAGCAUCAUUAUUGGCUAAUGCCUCACCUCUGACUCUCAUGACAUCACCUUUGUCUGUAACAAAUCAAACUGUGACUCCUUUUGGGAUGCUGGGUGGCCUUGUUCCAGUGACCAUGCCCUUCCAGUUUCCCUUGGAGCUACUUGGCUUUGGAACGGACACAGCUGGAGUGACAACCACCUCGGGAUCUACCUCAGCCGCUUUCCAUCACAGCCUAACUCAGAAUUUACUAAAGAGUUUACAGCCGGGAACUCAGCAUGCAGCAACACUUUCCCACUCACCUCUGCCUACACACUUACAGCAAGCAUUUAAUGAUGGAGGCCAAAGUAAAGGGGACACUAAGUUACCACGGAAAUCUCAGUGACUUCCCAGCAAUCAAGAGAGGAAUCAUUUGACUGGCUGAUGGGACCUACCUGAUGGGAAAGUCUUAUGUGGUCACAGGGCUGCUGUUUCUGUCGAUGUUUACAUUCUUGUCCCAAGCACUGUGGUGAGGAGGAAAAGGAAAGAAAAUGUUACUUGAGCAAAGCCAGGUGCAGGAGGAGGAAGUGCUUUUGUGGAAAGUUAGUGACCUUUGGUCUCUUAAAGUUCCCAUAGGAACUUUAAAAGAGACUCAGCUGUCAAACCCACAGAAGUAUCAAUUUGAUUUUUUUUUUUUACCCUGGGGGGAGAAAGAAGGAAGUUGAGAGGAUUUGGGUAAAUGGCCAUCCAUCCUGGGGGUUGGAUCUGAACACUCUACAUAAAAGUGCAUAAUAAAAGCAACUAAAAAGUAGAAUUAACCCAGUUUGAGGAGAAUCAGUCAUGUCUAUGUAGUGGACAGAUUUGCUACAGUCAGUUGCAUGAUGCUCUCCAGAUAGUAGCCCAAGAGUACUGUACCCUCAAAUGUCCUGAGCAAACUUGAAUCUUCUCCAGUAUGUAGCAGUUCACAGUGUAAGUCAGUAGACUGAAAAUGCUCCAGCAAAGUUGCUGUAGCACAGCGAUAUAUAUUACUAUAUCUUCUAGAUUUUUAAAGUAAGGAAAGUGAGCCUGUUGCUCUUAACAGACAAAAUGUAGACCCUUUUUGUGAAAGGGUCUAUUUCAUCCUCCUUCCAGAGUAGGUACUGAACUCCUCUGUGCAGCUGACUGUCGUCCAGUCUGGACUGGUUAGUAUUUAUUUCUACUGCUGAUGCGCAGAAAUGAGUGCUCACAUUUUCUCUUGAUUCAUGGGGUCUUUGCUGUUGGGCUGCUGCUUUGCUGCUCAUCUCCUUUGUAGCCUGCCAAGAACUGCAGAUGCCCAGUUCCCUCACUGCACAGUGCUCUUUACUAGUGGUACUUUAGGUGAUUAGAGCUGUUGAUAUAAACAGUGUGCACAGCAUCUGUUUCUUUGUGGCCAGCUAAAUAGCAUAUACAUAAUAGUACACUGUUUUAAAGGGACGAACCCCAGUAAGAGUACUGAUGUGCACAAGGGAUCACCUUUUAUUCCUAUCACAGUGAGACUUUAUGCCCUAUAUCCAGUGCAGUAAAAAUGUUUCAAGCAUUUGGAAUCUUAAAGUUUUACUAGAAUUUACUUAGAAUGCUGAUAUUCAAGUAAACCUACAGAUAAUUAAGAUUCUUUAAUUCUGGUUUCUGUAUGUGAAUAGAGACAAUGAAGGGUGUAAAGGGGAAAACAUACAAUUCUAUUUGGAAACUUUUAUUUUUUCCUCAAUUACAUUGUGGUGUCCCCUGAAUUUUAAACUUCUAAGUAUUUUCAAACUGUCUAAGAGUAGCUCUAAGUGAUGUAACUUUAGUCUAUAUAUGAUGACAGAUUCGUUUAUAUAUGAUGACAGACUAGCCUGGUAAUAACAAGGUUGUUUUUAUAUUCUCAUUACAUGUUACCAUGUGCGAUUAAGUUUAUCCAGAUUAAGAGUGUUAACCAGGCUCAAUUUUCCUUUAAUAAGCAGAAGUCCCAAGAAGCAUCUAGGACUAUAAUAACCAACCACAGAUCUACUCGGAUUUUUAAUGCCUAUAAUUUGACUUAAGUCACAUUGGCAUGCUUCAUAGCCAAAAGUCGAUGAAUAAAUAAUUUAAAACUUUAGUUCCAAGAACUUGUUACAGUAAGGGAAAAUGAUUGUUCAGAAGAACCAUUGAAGCUUGGUGUGCUGCCCAGUGCUUGUAAUCCCAAUACUCAGGAGGCUGAGGCAGGAGGAUCUCAGGUUUGAGGCCAGCCUGGAGUAUAUGUCAGUGAGUCCCAGGCUAAUCUGAACUGGGCUAACAAUGAGACCCUGUCUCAAAAAAGAAAAGAAAUCAUUGGUAUAAUUUCUUGACUAUAGUAAUUUAGUUUAUCAGUAAAACAAAUACAGAUGCUACAUGAGCCCAGUAGAUAUUUUGGAAAGAUACAGGGACGUUGAAGAGAACUUUGACUUGAACUUAGCAUGCUAAGUUUCAUUUGAAAGGUCUCUUAGAGGAACUUGCUCAGCUCUUGGCUUACUAUAGUACCGGGUGACUUCUUUACAGACAUGCCUGCUAAUACUGCCUGGGCUGCUGUGCUGGGGGUGUGCUUAGGAAGGCGGCCUUUGGCUUCACUUCCUCUACCAAGGAGAAGUCAGUGCGUUUAGUCUCUUCCUGCUGAUAACCUGUGUGUUUGUGUGUUUACAUAGGCACACCCAUUCAUAUAAAUCAAAUGCUAUUAAAAGUCAAUAAUGAUAAUUGUAGUUUCUUAAAUCCAUCACUUCUGAACCAUACUAUAUGAAGGCUCUGAUGGUUCUUUGCCAUCAUUAGAAAACAAGAUUAGUAAUUCUUUUUCCUGUGUCUUUUUAUAAAAUUCCCUGAAGCCCUGGGCUCUAAGAAUAUAAGAUGUAAAGUAUAUUCUGUUCCUGUCAGUCUUGAUUCCCUAAGGACUGCUGAGAUCCCUACUUCAGCAACCCUCUCAUAUUAUACAGAUAAAUCAGAGUCCUUUCUACAUGUAAAUACAUUUCUUUCUAUAUCAUAACAUUGAAAAUGGUCUCCAUACUUUAUGGUUACCUGUCUUUACAGUUUUUAUUACUAAAAACAAGCGUAUAAGUUGGUUAUUUUUUAACAGAGACUUGCGACUCAUACUGUAUUUUUGCACUUAAAGUCAAAUUAUGUUAUUUUUAAAAUGGUGAAUAACUGGAAAGGAUAUCUGUAGAGCAAUGUGUAUCGCUAAAGAGCAUUAGCAAGAUCCAAAUGCAGAGGUAAAUCAGCACACUUAACCCACUCAUGGGGUACUUGAUUCAGGAAGAUUAAGCUAUUUGUUUCCAACUGUCUUAUAUUUGAAAUUGCCUUCACUGAUGUAUAAGCUGUUACUGUACAUACAAGGUGAUCCUCAGUAUUCACAAGCAAUAACAGUCAGCAGAGCUGUCGUCGGACAGCAGUGCUGAACCUCAGUUGGAGACUGUUUGGGAGCAAAGUGUCAAGCUCAUUGAGAGCCUCCAAAAUAAAUGCAAGCAAUAAUUUCUAUUAAAGUUAAAUUAUAAUUCUUCUCAUGCUUCUGAGAACAGAGUGGGAAAUCAUGAUUUUAAAACAAUCUGGAGAAAAGAUUUGGGGGGAAAGAAGCCAAGUUUUAAUCCAUAGUAAGAAAGUCCUUAUACUUUGAAGAAAUCAGGAAGAUUUAAUUAGCACAUUCUUUCAUGCCCACCACCCCUUUGAUGGAUGUUAUUAGCCCAAAUUAUAUUGUUUUGUGUCAUAGAUGCUGAAUAAGGCUUAUUUGGGUCCCAACACUGGGGGAAGAACCAGGCAUAUACCCGUUUGAAAACUGUGGGUUUGACACCUGCUUGGAAACAGCUUAUUGGAACUGAUCUUAACCCAGGAUAUUUUUUCCCAAAGCAGAUCUAAAUUGUUUACUAUGCAGAGAUGGAAAGGGCAGGCACUCCUAUUCUCUCUCCUGCAGAUGCCCUCUCCCACAGCCCUUUCCACCUCUACUUGGCUCAAGACUUUCUGAAAUGAAAAUUCUACUGUUAUUGCAACUGCCAUUGGUUAUAAGAACUCUGUCCUUUGGGAUCGUCUCUAGAACUUAUCUGUCCUACUUGCUGCUACAUUUGGAAAUGAAUUUGCCUGUGUUGGUUGACUUUAACUUCUCUGUUUGUAGGAGAUUUUGUCAUGUGCUUUGCUCCCAGUGUAGAACUAGGGUACUUUAUUUUAGGAGUGUACUACAAAAGCACACUGGUCCUUGUAUUGUUAUUAUUAUUUAGGUUUUGAAUUUGUUUCCUUUGUUUGUUGGAUUUUGUUUUGUUUAAUUUUUCAAAUUGAAAAUAGAAGAAUGACAAAAGUCUAUACUGCAGGCCAAACUUGAGAACUGUCCUGUGCUUCAGCACGAGUACUUCUGCUGACCUGAUGUUCUCUGAAGGGGCACUUUGACUUUUAGUUGUACAUGUGUGACUUUUUGUUUUUGCUUUGGGGGUGCUUUUGGUUUUGUAAAAACAAAGCAGAAAAAAAGUACAGUAGUAGAUAAAUGAUCACAAACAUGUUAUGCAAUUUUAUUUUAUAAAGUUUUAAGGGAAAAGUUUAACUCCUUGUAAAUAAUUUCUUAUCUCUGGUAAAAAUGCUUAUAUACUCUAAACCAUGCUCAGUUCAGGCCUUUGUCUUUGUUAAGUGCCUUUUAUUUCUUUGUUUUUCUCCCCUCUUUUGAAACUUUUUAGACACCCUCAAAUAUAUACUGAUAAAGUCAAGGGAUUCAGGAGAAAGAAUCUCAGACUUGCCAAGAUCAUAUCAUGUUAUAAUACUCUUCCUUCUGCUUUGUAUGUGUGGACACAAGUACGAGAUGCACAGUGUGUGUCUAAAACCAGGAACAGCUGUUCGUGGCAAUCUUUCUAAGCACUGCCCUUUUGACAUUGCAGAACUUCUGCCCUGUUUGUUCCAUUGGUUUGAGUUGAUUCAGAUGGGCAGAUUGGGAAGUAGUCUUUGCACAUGAUGCUGGCUUCCCCUUCUGAAUAUCUGUAGAAGUUAAUAAAUGUGUGUGUGUGUGUGUGUGUGUGUGUGUGUGUGUGUGUGUGUGUGUGUGUAUAUAUAUAUAUAUAUAUAUAUAUAUAAUAUAUGUGUUGGUUAUUGCAAGCAUAAUAAACUCGGUGGACUCAUUGACUUUUUCUGGAUGUAAUCCACUUCUCUCUACCCUUCAAAUUUGGCAGAUGUAGUGUGUAAGGAAGCAUCAGAAUAAUAAGAACAUCUUGUGGGCCAAUCUGAGAUGGUGCCCUAUGCAGACAAACACAUGGGUGGCUAGAGCUAGAACCAUGCAGUGGUAUCUGAAUACACUUUGAAGGAAGUUAGCACUCAUGUCAAUAUUAAAAGGUGUUUUCUUCUGGAAAAUGAUCUUUAAGAAAUUAUAUAGCUGAAUACCUUUUAAAACUUUAGUAAGCUUAGAAUUUAGAUAGUGAAAAAACACUUAUAAUCUGCAACAUACUUGAGAUUUUUAAUCUCUUUAUUUUCCAGAUGAUUAGAUUUUGAUCUGAUUUUGUGAUCAUUUAAAUAUCUUUCUUGAACAAAAUAACAUAACUUCCAGAAUCUAAGAUUUAUUUAUUUUAGAUGUGACAUGUUGAAAAAGACUAAAUUGAACCAAUUCUCUAUAAACAGUACAAAUAUAUCUACAAAGUACCCCAUGUAAGUAAAAUUUUAAUUGGAAAAGGAGACUUGUGGCUAAAAAAAAAAAAAGAAGCUCCUGGUAGCAGAGCUGUUGUCUGGCAGCUAGGAUCAGUAGUGAGUGUUAACUCCUAAACAACUUUAUCUAGGGGGAUGUCAUUUAACCUUUGUGCCUCAGAUUACCCAUGAGACAAUUGGGUAUAAUAAUAAUUGCCUACCUCCCAGGGAUAUCAGAGACUUUACUAUUUCAAAAAUAUUUUGAGUUUUUCUAGAACAUCCUAUAUAAUUAAUAGUAUUAUCUUGCUGCAGAGGUUGAAAAGCAAAUGUUUUCCUUUUAUGUUUAAAAAAAUCAUUGGAAUUUUAAUUUAGAUGCAUAUUUGAUAUUUAAACAUACCAUAUUUAUAGUGUGGUAGAAUUACUAGUUUCAGGUUAAAUCAAAGGGGAUGACACCAAGUUUCUUAACUACCAAUUGAUUGUUUUAAGCUUUUAUGAUGUUAUUACCUCGUGUGAUAUUUUCAAGAUAGUCUGGUUUACAGAUAAAUGAUCCUGGCAGGUUAUAGCUCCCUCCUCCACCUUCUGAAUUUACUUUACUUGUAGUACCUGCUUGGUGGUGGAAACUAAGGUUUUGCGUUUCUAACAGUAAAUCAGACCCUACACACUGCUCCUGUUUCUGUAGGUUUAUCCAGCUUUGCCCUGGGGGAGGGAGCUAUGUGUACUUUUAACUUUGCAGUUCAUGCCUCUUCAGCCCAUAAGCAAGUCGGAGCCAUCAGCUGCUCAGAUUGUAGGCAAAUGGGAGACAGAAGACAGGAUUUAUUUCCUACCAGGACAGAGGUAGGGAUGGUCAGAGUAGAAGGAAACAUGAUUUCCCUAGCUCCCGGGAGAGAUUAAGAUCAUUUUAUCUCACCUUCUAUUAGUGCAUACUAAGUAAUAAUACAUAAAAUGUUUCUCUUUAAAACAAAGGAACAAAUGGAUGCUGCAGUUUUUGCUGGGGCUAAAUAGUGUAUAAGAGAGAGAGAGUGAGUGUGAGGGAGUUUAAAUUACAGCAGAGAGACCCAGGUGUUGUGUCAAGAAACAGUUUCAGCUCAAGCGAGUUAGGAGAAAGCACUGGGCCUAAGCAGCCAGCACAUCUGGGCUGACCCCAGAACUGGCUUGGACCUGGUCAGUCUCUAAGCCCUAGGUGUUUGUUAUUGUUUUUCUAAAGUCCCUUUCUAAUUUUUAUUGAUUUUUUUUCUCCUCCAGAUAAGGCCUUAGUUCAUAACCUUUAAAUAUCAACUAUGCAGAUAAACAUACUCUUUAUUUUCUGCAUUUCCUUCUUGUUCCUUCUUCAAUAAAAAAUGUUAAGAUUUCAUCCCAAAGUAAUAAGGUUUAGGGGGUUUGUCGAAUGUGUGUGUGUUUCCUCUGGGGAAGAAUAACAGCAGUCUAAAAUAGAUGCAUUGUCUGUGUUCAUCUGUCCUAAAAUGUGAACUUUACAUAAAAAGCUAGCUGAAGACCCUUUUACCUGUGCAGACCUGGAGUUAGUGUCGUGGAGCAUGUUUGUGCUUUUAUGAAGUCCCCAGUGUGUUGUUGAGAAGUUCAGUGUUUGGUUGACAGAGCUGAAAAGAUGGCUAAGACUGAUUGAAAAGAGCUUCAAAUAUUAAUGUUGAGUUCUUCAUUUCUUUUGGUCUUUAUUCUUGCCUUUGGUGUUGAGCUCUUAAGUUAGCCACUUGUUCCACUACAGUAUAAGUUGCUUGUGGUUAGAUCUAGGGAGGAAAGGCAGAUUGUUUCCACAUCAUCUUAGCAGAGGGCACAAGCAUAGGUUAUCUUGAGUUUAGUGGAAAUGCCUUCAACAGCCUGAUGCUAAAUGACACUUUUCUCAUGCACACUCUAAGUACCAUUUGCUUUAAGGUGUUUAUUUGUGAUCUCCUUGUGUUGUGAUGAUUCUGCUUCUCUGUGUUUCCUAUGUAUUUCCAUUUCAUAGCAGUUGGUAUUCAAACUUUGUAUACUUUAACACUGCUAUCCAAACUGGUCAGGAACACAUUUUGAAGUCUCAGUAGUACAAUUAAGGUUCUGUAUAUAGUCCAGAACUUGGGGAUUACUGAUGAUUGGAAUAUUUUCCUCUUCUCAUUUAUAUUAAAAAAAAAUUAGAUCUCCUAGGCUGAGGGUGUAGCUCAGUGGUAGAGCUCUUGUCCAGCAUUUGCAAAGCCUGGAGAUCCAGGUCCAUAAUAACAAUAAAUAGGUCUCAUUUUUACAUAAUACCAGUACCUUUCAAGUUUCAUCAGAGGAAAUACAGUCUUUAUUAGGCUCAUAACAGCCUGCCUUAUUUCCAUGCCUCCCCUAGAACAGAGCUCUUUUGCUAAGGUCUGUCUGAGCCAAGCCGACCUUUAAAUCCUUAGUCCCAGUUUUAAGUUCCUUGGAAAACUAUCAUUUGCCCCCACGUUGCUACAGUUACAUAAUUCUGGUUUACCGUGAGUCUGACUGGUGAGUGCAUGGUGGUAGAGCGCUGACUGAUGUCAGAUAAAAUGGCUUCCCUGAGGGAAUGUGAAAGUCAGUGGCUCCAUCUGUCUUCAAAGUACAUUUAGGAAUCAACAACUAAGAGAAGCCAUUGUCUGCCUGUGUGACAACUUGUGCUUAAAAGUUCACAACCAUAUUGUAUUUUCUGUACUUAGAGCCAUAGACUUUCCUCCUUUCUUGCUUACCUCUACUGUUUGCAGAAACAUUAUGCCCUGCCAGAAAAUUGUUUUUUCUCCCACACUGGCAAAAUUACCAAGGAUUUGCCCAGUUUUAGCUAGAAACAUAAAAAGGGAAAUAAAUUUUUGUCAGUUGGCAAAAGUAUUUCUUUUAAAUAGAAAGUUGAGCUAACUUUGGAACAGCUUUCUUGAUGUUUCAGCUCUGCCCUCAUAAUAGAUUAUACAUACCUUUUUGACAUGUGAUCAGCAAGGGCCUUCUCCCACACAGCCUCCUCUAUUUCAUAGUUAGCACCAGAGAAGAGAGCCAAGCUUUGUAGUGACCUGUUGUCAACUGAAAUUGAAGAACUGUCUUAUUCUAGGAAAUAUUGGAGUACUAAACCAUUCUUGGAGGAGAGUGCGUUCAUUUGAGCCUCCCCAAGCUUCCUCUUGUUAAACAGUAUCAAACUUUAAGGAGAGGAAAAGAAAUCUCUAUCUGGUGAAAAUUUUGUGCUCCAAAUAAUGAAAUAAAGUAUAACCAAGGUGGCUAAGAGUCGGGUGUUUUCUCUCUUUGCUUGUGAGCAAGGUUUAUUUAUGAAUGCAAGAACUACCAUGGGAUUGCAAACCUAUUUGCUAUAACUGGAAAACAAGAGUCUGAAUUUUAGUCUGCUGAAACGCACAUUUCCAACCCUCGUUAAAAUUUAGAAAGGGGAGACUUUUCUUUAGUAGCAGAAGGAAAAACAGUUAUUUAUUCCGGAAUGUCCACUCUGCAGAGCUGCUCCCACCAGGGCAACAGUCCCUCCCCUUUCGGCAGCUCCACCCUGCACAGCUGCUAUCUUGUCUGCAAGCCGUCUCCCACAAAGGAGCCUGAGGAGUCAGUCCAUGGUCCUUUAGGGGAGAUGCCCCAAUUACUGUGUUGCAUCUACUCUUAGGAAGGUGUUUUUUUGCUAACUUGAAGGAUUAUAUGCUGUAUUUCAAAUAAGUGUGUGACUUAAUACUUUGAGACUUUUUUUUUUCCUCUAAAAACUGGACCUGAACACAAGCUUUGAGUUGGUAUUUGUAAUAAUCUCAGGACCUGAAAGAUUGUAGCAUUUAGUGUGUCUUAAAAAUUAUGUACUGUACCAGCCAUGGAGUUUUGUAAAUAUACCUGUCUCCCUUUUUUUGUAUUAUUUUAGUAAAUAAAUAAAUAAAUUUAAUAAAAGGGGAUGGUGAUGACAUGUAUGUGUUUGUCUGUAUGUGCGAGUGUGCGUGCAUAAGGCUCUUUUAAGACAAAUUGGUGCUUGUUGAAUUUCUAGUUAAGCUUAGCAGGAAUAUGGACAAACUGCUGCUGCUGACCCUGCACUGAGCAAGGAGGAUGUCCUUCAUCCUGCCUUUCCAGUGGUCUGUCUGCGCAGUACUAGUAAAUGGGAAGUAAUUAGAACCUAAGGUCUUCUCCACAGCCGUCUUGCUGUUGCGAUCUUGAUCUAGUUCCGGCACCCUUUAAACUUGGGUACGAAAGUUUCCACCCUUCCCUGAUUCCUGGUUUUAGAACUCAACUUUUCUAAGAAAAAAAAAGGGCAGGUUUAAAAAAACAACAGCAACAAAAGAACCGCACAUUUCAUAAGAUCCCUGAUGAAUUUGGGACAUCUGAGAACAUUCCUAAAUGUGAACUUGCCGGCCUGGCCCAUGAUACACUCCUUCAGUGCAGGGACUCUUGUUCAUCUUACUUUGCAGCAGCCCUGUUCAUAUUCCAAGUGUAACUAGCAAACCCAUUUUGAAAUAAGAGCCUUAUUUGAUUCAGAAUAGAUGUUUCCUGUCUAUCCUUUGUGACAGGACCUUUUACAUGAGUGGGUUUUUUUCCUUUUGUAUAUGUUAUAUGUUUGUUGUAUUAAAUAAAGAGGACUGUAAAUAUUA